CAACACGAGAUCAAAGCCUAAGUUUUGCAGACGUCGAACCAAAGACUCUACCCACUUCCACGCCCUCUCUCGCCGCCGCGAGAGAGAGAGAGAGAGAGAGAGAGAGCUAUGGAAGAACCAGAUUCCCGGAAUACCCCUGCCAUGGCGUCUUCCCGUAAUACCCCUUUCCCUCCCCCGGCUGAGGUUGCCGAAACGACCCCUCCCGUCGACGACUCCGAAACCAUAGCUCCCUUGCCCGAUGGCGGUGGUGGCGGUGGCGACCCCCCUCCCCCCGCUGCGGGCCGCAAGCGCCGCCGCCGCAAGAAGCAGUUCCCCGGGAUGGUACCCACCGCCUGCCUCCGCGUCCUCCGCCCGUCGUCCGCCCGCUCCGCGUCCGUCGUCUAUAACGAGAAGCUCCUCGACGAGCUGAUCCAGAUGCAGAUCAAUGACGCGGGACCCCGGCGCCGUGGCCGCGGUCGCCCCCCUUCGUCCUCACUCCGCCUCGCCCGCGAGCUCGACGUCGAGGCCCUCAUCGCCAUGGCUGUAGGGUUCCCUAUCGACUCGCUCACCGAGGAGGAGAUCGAGGCCAACGUGGUCCCCGUCAUGGGCGGCGUCGCCCAAUCCAACUACAUCGUCGUCCGCAACCACAUCCUCGCUCGGUGGCGAUCCAACCCCUCGGUGUGGGUCACCGAGGCCCACGCCAUGGAGUCUAUCCGGUCCGAGCACCGCGCCCUCGUCUCCACCGCCUAUGCCUUCCUUCUUGACCAUGGCUUCAUCAACUUCGGCCUCGCGUCCGCCGUGAUCGCCGCACCUCGUCGCCGCCCGCCGUCCCUCCCAGCCCCCACCGUGCUUGUCGUCGGUGCCGGCGUCGCUGGUCUGGCCGCUGCCCGCCACCUGCUCUCUCUUGGCUUCAAGGUCGCCAUUCUCGAGGGCCGCGGCCGCCCUGGUGGCCGCGUCUUCACCAAAAAGAUGGAAUGUUGCGCCUCUUCCACCACUCCAGGGGUGGUCGCUGCUGCUGACCUGGGCGGCAGCGUGCUCACCGGUAUCAAUGGCAACCCUUUCGGAGUCCUGGCUCGCCAGCUUGGCUUCCCGCUCCACAAGAUUCGAGAUUUGUGCCCUCUGUAUCUCCCGGACGGCCGGCCGGUGGACACUGUCAUCGAUUCGCAUCUUGAGUCAGCCUUCAACCAGCUUCUCGAUAAGGUGUGCAAGCUCCGCCAGGCCGUCAUUGAUGAGCUCAGCUCAGUGGAUGUCUCUCUCGGGACUGCCCUCGAGGCCUUCCGCAGAGCUUAUGGCUUCGCCAACUCCUCGGAGGAAAGGAUGUUGCUCAAUUGGCACCUUGCCAACCUCGAGUAUGCCAAUGCUGCCCCUCUCUCGGACCUCUCCAUGGUCUACUGGGACCAGGAUGACCCCUAUGAGAUGGGUGGCGACCACUGUUUCAUUCCUGGCGGCAAUGGACACUUCAUUCGGGCUCUUGCGGAGAACAUUCCCAUCUUCUAUGGAAGGACAGUCACCCGAAUUCAGUAUGGAUGUGAUGGAGUGAUGGUGUAUGCAAAUGGGCAGGUCUUUCGCGGCGACAUGGCACUGUGCACUGUGUCACUCGGUGUGCUCAAGAAAGGCUGUAUUGAGUUUGUGCCUGAACUACCUCAGCAGAAGCAGGAGGCGAUCAAAAGAUUGGGUUUUGGAUUGCUUAACAAGGUUCUCAUGCUGUUUCCCCAUGAUUUUUGGGGUGGUGGGAUUGACACUUUUGGGCACUUGACAGAGGAUCCAAGCGAUCGUGGUGAAUUUUUUCUGUUCUAUAGUUAUUCCUCAGUUUCUGGAGGACCCCUUCUUGUUGCUCUUGUUGCUGGGGAGGCUGCCAUUAAAUUUGAGAAUACAUCUCCAAUAAAGCAUGUUGAAAGGGUGCUUGGAGUUCUUAGGGGUAUCUUUGCUCCUAAGGGAAUUGAGGUCCCAGAGCCCCUUCAAGUGAUUUGCACUCGAUGGGGGUCAGAUAAAUUUACUUAUGGGUCAUAUUCUUAUGUUGCUGUUGGGUCUUCUGGUGAUGACUAUGACAUUUUAGCUGAGAGCGUGGGAGAUGGGAGGGUCUUCUUUGCUGGCGAGGCAACAAACAGGAGGUACCCGGCGACUAUGCAUGGAGCUUUGCUCAGUGGUUUCAGGGAAGCAGCUAACAUUGCAAGGGUCGCCAGAAGGAGGUCCACAAUUCCAGUAAUGGAUAAAGUAGAUGUUAUGGAGGAUCCUUUGAAUUUGGAUUACCUCUUUCAAACUCCAGACUUCUCUUUUGGUAGUUUUUCAGUUCUUUAUGAUCCAUAUUCUUCAGGGUCUGACUCUACUUCAUUGGUGCAAGUUGGAAUUGGUGACAAGAAUUCGGGUUCUGCUUCUCUUUUCCUUUAUUGCUUGAUUCCAAAGAAAAUUGUUAUGGACUUGGCUGAAAUCGCUGAUGAUGACAAUAGACUGAGCAUGUUGUAUCGUAGCUUUGGCACAAAAUUAGUUGGGAGGAACAGCUUGGGCAGUGCUGGCGAGAGCCUUGUAGCCCGUAUAAAAGUUGCAAGAACAGAAAACUUGAAGACUUAAUGUGGGAAUUAAUGAGUAUUUUAGUCAAGGCAUUGGAUUUUACACACAUGGUUCAAAAGAAGAUAUUUGGUCAUUGGUUCAGUUAAUUCAGGUCCACUAGUCAGAGUGGUGAAUAAGUCCUGCAAUCUGAAGCAUAGGAAAUCCACAGUGAGGUGCUGAAUCCAAUUCUCUUUGAGCCUAAAUUUGUUGAAGCUCCAAGGAUACAUUUUUGUGGGAAAUCAGUAUCGUCAAAAUAAUUAUAUUGAUGACAGUACAGUGAUAACACAACCAGCUACAGAAAAUGCUCCAUUUGCAACACCGUUGAUGCCAUUUACAUCAGUUAUGAUGCAUAGCUGGAAAAUGUAUCUGUAGAUUAUCCUAGAAGGUCAUUUGAAAUAGUUGGAAACAAGGUGAGUGCAAGCAAAGUACUACUGGGAUCCUAGAAAAGGAAGUGACUAAGUAAUUUCCAGUGAUGUGGAAGGAGAUGUUACAGAUGGUGUCGCAAGAUCAUUGCUGAAGAUCGCGCCAAAUGGUUGGAGUAUUUUUUUUUAGUACUUAAUAAUAGAGACAAUAAGAUGUAAUUAUUUUGAUGAUCAAAAUUGUGAUUCUUUCUUUUAAAAAAGGCCCAUCAGUUAUGUAUGUUUUUUCUCAAUCAAACAAAUGACUUUUUAUCUGAGUUA